CCAGCCAUGUCGGCGGAGGAGAUGGUGCAGAUCCGCCUGGAGGACCGCUGCUAUCCAGUGAGCAAGAGGAAGCUCAUCGAGCAGAGCGACUACUUCCGCGCCCUCUAUCGCUCCGGCAUGCGCGAGGCCCUGAGCCAGGAGGCCGGCGGCCCCGAGGUGCAGCAGCUGCGCGGCCUCAGCGCCCCGGGCCUGCGCCUGGUGCUAGACUUCAUCAACGCCGGCGGGGCCCGCGAGGGCUGGCUCCUAGGCCCGCGGGGAGAGAAGGGUGGGGGGGCGGCCGAGGAGGAGGAGAUGGACGAGGUGAGCCUGCUGUCCGAGCUGGUGGAAGCGGCCUCCUUCCUGCAGGUCACUUCCCUGCUGCAGCUGCUGCUGUCCCAGGUGCGGCUCACCAACUGCUUGGAGCUGUACCGCCUGGCGCAGGUGUACGGGCUGCCCGACCUGCAGGAGGCCUGCCUGCGCUUCAUGGUCGUCCACUUUCACGAGGUGUUGUGCAAGCCCCAGUUCCACCUCCUGGUGGGGUCUCCUGCUCAAGCCCCAGGGGAUGUCAGCCUGAAGCAGAGGCUGAGGGAGGCCCGGAUGACUGGAACUCCUGUCCUCGUGGCCCUGGGAGAUUUCUUGGGGGGACCCUUGGCCCCUCACCCCUACCAGGGGGAGCCCCCGUCCAUGCUCAGGUAUGAGGAGAUGACUGAACGUUGGUUUCCGCUGGCCAACAACCUUCCUCCUGACCUGGUGAAUGUCAGGGGUUACGGGUCUGCCAUCCUGGACAACUACCUCUUCAUAGUGGGCGGGUACAGGAUCACUAGCCAGGAGAUCUCCGCUGCGCAUUCCUACAACCCCAGCACCAACGAGUGGCUCCAGGUGGCCUCCAUGAACCAGAAGAGAUCUAACUUCAAACUUGUGGCUGUUAAUUCAAAACUCUAUGCCAUUGGUGGGCAGGCCGUUUCUAAUGUUGAGUGUUACAACCCUGAGCAGGAUGCGUGGAACUUUGUGGCACCCUUACCGAACCCUCUGGCCGAGUUCUCUGCCUGUGAGUGUAAGGGGAAAAUUUAUGUCAUUGGAGGAUAUACGACCAGAGACCGGAACAUGAACAUCUUGCAGUACUGUCCCUCUUCCGACAUCUGGACGCUCUUCGAGACGUGUGACGUGCACAUUCGCAAGCAGCAGAUGGUGUCUGUGGAGGAGACCAUCUACAUCGUGGGCGGGUGUCUCCAUGAACUGGGGCCGAACCGGAGGGGCAGCCAGAGCGAGGACAUGCUCACCGUGCAGUCCUACAACACUGUCACGCGGCAGUGGCUCUACCUCAAGGAGAACACAUCCAAAUCGGGUCUCAACUUGACGUGCGCGCUCCAUAAUGACGGCAUCUACAUCAUGAGCAGAGACGUCACCCUGUCGACCAGCUUGGAACAUCGAGUUUUCCUCAAGUACAACAUCUUUUCAGAUAGUUGGGAAGCAUUCAGGCGUUUCCCAGCCUUUGGACAUAACUUGCUGGUUUCCUCUCUUUAUCUGCCCAAUAAAACAGAAACGUGACUGCAUUGACUUAGUAUUUAAAAGGAACUUGGUUCAAGACAAAAAACAAAACAAAACGCAAAUAAGAACGUGUGUCCCAUUUCAAGGGGGACUGAUUUCUAAAGGGAAAAUAUGGGUUAAAGUAAGUCACGUGUAUAUCAGCUGUAAAUAAGCUUACUUGAACUAAUUACUUGAAAAGAUGUAGA